GACUAUGCCCUGACUCCCUGGUCGCCGUUUGAUCUCUCUCUCUCUCUCUCUCUCUCUCUCUCUCUCUCUCUCUCGUUCGCAACCUCCGGGAUCCGCCGCUCGCAGCCUCGCAGGUCCUCCACUCGACGCCUCUAGGGUCCCCAACAUUUCUGAAAAACCCUAAUUUUGCCAGGUAACUUGAAAUGAUUCUGUGUCCCACUGCUUGUGUGAUAACAAUCUUCGGAAAGGGGAACUGAUUUGUAGUGUUUGGAUGACAAUAGCUGAUACAGGACAUUUUGGAUUCUGGUCAGAUGAGGAGAAGAGGAGGGGAUAAGAGGUAAAGUGGGAGGAGAACAAUGAAUGCUGGGUCAACCGGUCUUCGUUCUUCCGGAAGUUAUGGUUCUUUGCAGCUACAUCAAUUUCAGAACGGUUCAUUUUCAAUCCAAACUUCACCACUUAUACAACCACCAAGAAAACCUCCGAAGAUGUUUAAGGAGAAGGAAGGGCUGUUUCAUUGGAUCUUCAAAUUUGCACCUCGAAGGAAGAUUGGCAUGUUGCUCUUGUGUGUUGUUUCUGCUGCCGUUUUUAUUUUGGUCUUGUUUGUUGGCAAAGGUGAAGAUUCCCAAGGAAUGUCUAGCAUCAGCAUCAAUGAUACAAAUAGAAGUAGAAACUUUUUUAUAGAGCAUGAAUGGAAAAAUGUUCCUCAAAGUGUUUCAGCUGAACCAAUUAGUAAUGGAAGAAUUCCAUCCAAUAACUAUCCUCCUCCUGUAUAUUUUAUGGGAUAUACUCUUCCUCCCGGGAAUCCUUGCGAAGGUUUUACAUUACCCCCACCACCAGCAGACAAGAAAAGGACUGGACCACGGCCAUGCCCAGUCUGCUACCUUCCUGUUGAAGAGGCUAUUGCAUUGAUGCCAACCGCACCUUCAUUUUCUCCCAUUAUUAAGAACUUAACUUAUAUACAUGAAGACAAAUUGGAAAAAACUGAGUUUGGGGGUUCGGAGUUUGGUGGGUAUCCUUCAUUGAGCCAAAGGGAUGAUUCAUAUGACAUAAGGGAGUCAAUGAGUGUGCAUUGUGGAUUUGUCAAAGGAACCAGACCUGGACAUGAGACAGGCUUUAACAUCGAUGACUCUGAUCUUGAUGAGAUGGAAACUUGUCGAGGUGUGGUGGUUGCAUCAGCAAUAUUUGGGGCAUUUGAUGUAAUACAUCAACCAGCGAACAUAAGUGAAUAUUCCAAAAGUAAUGUCUGCUUUUAUAUGUUCGUGGAUGAGCAGACCAAAACAUUUCUAAGAAAUUCACGUGAUCUUGAUAGUAGUGGUAAAAUUGGAUUGUGGAGAAUCGUUGUAGUCCAUAAUCUACCUUAUAGUGAUUCAAGGCGCAAUGGAAAGGUUCCGAAGCUUUUACUUCAUCGGCUUUUCCCAAAUGCCCGUUAUUCUAUGUGGAUUGAUGGAAAACUUGAACUGGUUGUGGAUCCUUAUCAGAUUCUUGAACGGUUCUUGUGGAGGAAAAAUGCUAGCUUUGCAAUAUCUAGGCAUUAUAGGCGUUUUGAUGUGUUUGUGGAAGCAGAAGCUAAUAAGGCAGCAGCAAAGUUUGACAAUGCUUCCAUUGACUUCCAGAUUGACUUUUAUAAAAAAGAAGGCCUCACUCCAUUUUCCUCUGCUAAAUUUCCUAUCACAAGUGAUGUUCCGGAGGGAUGUGUGAUUAUUCGCGAGCAUGUUCCAAUAUCUAAUCUCUUCACCUGCCUUUGGUUCAAUGAAGUUGACCGUUUCACCCCUAGAGACCAGAUUAGCUUUUCAACUGUACGGGACAAGAUCAGGUCCAAGACGGAUUGGACUGUAAAUAUGUUCCUUGACUGUGAAAGGCGCAACUUUGUUGUUCAGGGUUACCAUAGAGAUAUUCUAGAGCAACGAGCCCCGCCGCCUCCACACACGCAUCCUCCACCUCCACCUCCGAUUCUCGGGGAGGCGCUCGUCAAGACUUCUUCAAACAAUGUGCCGGCAGCUAGAAAAAGUCCUCAAAAGCGCGUGAGAGAGAGGAGACCGAGGCGGCAUCGCAAGGUGUUGCCGGACGUGAGGAGCUUAGCCGCCUAAAGAAAAGUCAGGACCAUUGUUUUAAACCAAAUCCAAAAAUGUUUGCUUCCUCACUCACUGCCUUAUUAUUCUUUCCUGAUUCCCCUUCAUGCAUGCAGGGCGGCUCUAUGGUGUGUGCAAUGUUGUUUUCCACUAUGCAGUAUCACUUUAUUU